CUCGCUCGCAGCUCCCUAGCGGCGGGAAGCGGAACGGGUCCCGGGGGUGGGGACUGUAAGGGUGCACAAGUGGGAGGCACCUCUCUCGGGAGCCCGGGAGAUCCCGGCCGCGCCACCAGGGGCCGUGCCACCGCCCUCGCGGGCCUGAGGCUUCAGGCGUGUUCCCAACUUUGGGGCGCCCGCGGACCCGCAGGCUGCGAUGGAGCUGCCGCCUCCCCGCGGCAGGGCGCCGCCGUGCUGCCUGCUGGACAGCGGCUCCCUGAGCUCCCUGGACUCCAGCGUCUUCUGCAGCGAAGGUGAAGGCGAGCCCUUAGCGCUCGGGGAUUGCUUCACGGUCAACGUGGGCGGCAGUCGCUUUGUGCUUUCGCAGCAGGCUCUGUCCUGUUUCCCGCACACGCGCCUUGGCAAGCUGGCUGUGGUGGUGGCUUCCUACCGCCGCCCCGGGGGCCUGGCCGCCGUGCCUAGCCCCCUAGAGCUCUGCGACGACGCCAACCCCGUGGACAACGAGUACUUCUUCGAUCGCAGCUCGCAGGCGUUCCGCUAUGUCCUGCACUACUACCGCACCGGCCGCCUGCACGUCAUGGAGCAGCUGUGCGCGCUCUCCUUUCUCCAGGAGAUUCAAUACUGGGGCAUUGACGAGCUCAGCAUCGACUCCUGCUGCAGGGACAGAUACUUCAGAAGAAAGGAGCUGAGUGAAACUUUAGACUUUAAGAAGGACACGGAAGACCAAGAAAGUCAACAUGAGAGUGAACAGGACUUUUCACAAGGACCCUGUCCCACUGUCCGCCUGAAGCUCUGGAAUAUUCUAGAGAAACCUGGGUCUUGCACAGCUGCCCGAAUCUUCGGGGUCAUCUCCAUCAUCUUUGUGGCCGUGUCCAUUGUCAACAUGGCCUUGAUGUCAGCCGAGUUAAGCUGGAUCGACCUGCAGUUGCUGGAGAUCCUGGAGUAUGUGUGCAUCAGCUGGUUCACUGGGGAGUUUGUCCUGCGCCUCCUGUGUGUGCGGGAUAGGUGCCGCUUCCUGAGAAAGGUGCCAAACAUCAUAGACCUCCUGGCCAUCCUGCCCUUCUACAUCACGCUUCUGGUGGAGAGCCUGAGUGGCAGCCAGACUACACAGGAGCUGGAGAAUGUGGGACGCAUCGUCCAGGUUUUGCGGCUGCUCAGAGCCCUGCGCAUGCUGAAGCUUGGAAGACAUUCCACAGGAUUACGCUCACUUGGAAUGACAAUCACCCAGUGCUAUGAAGAAGUUGGACUACUGCUCCUAUUUCUAUCUGUGGGAAUAUCUAUUUUCUCAACCAUAGAAUAUUUUGCUGAGCAAAGCAUUCCUGACACAACCUUCACAAGUGUCCCUUGUGCGUGGUGGUGGGCCACAACCUCCAUGACUACUGUGGGAUAUGGGGACAUUAGACCAGACACUACCACAGGCAAAAUUGUGGCUUUUAUGUGUAUAUUAUCAGGAAUUCUUGUCUUGGCCUUGCCUAUUGCUAUUAUUAAUGAUCGUUUCUCUGCUUGCUACUUCACCUUGAAACUCAGGGAAGCAGCUGCUAGACAGCGUGAAGCUCUGAAGAAGCUCACCAAGAAUAUAGCCACUGACUCAUACAUCAGUGUUAACUUGAGAGAUGUGUAUGCUCGCAGCAUCAUGGAAAUGCUUCGAUUAAAAGGCAGAGAAAGAGCAAGUACCAGGAGCAGUGCAGGAGAUGAUUUUUGGUUUUGAAUUCACUUUUAAUUAUUUUACAUCAGUUGUAUACAAUUAACUGGAUUGAUAGUCUUGAUAUGAAUGUCUG